AUGUUUAAUCUUUACCAAUUUUCAAUUUUUCUCGAUUUUUACUUAUUAUUUUUAUUUUUAUUUUUUAUUAAUUUCUAUUCUUUUACCGAUUUUUAUCGUUUAAACGGUGGUUUCCAGCGGGGGACCCCCUGGGACCCCUUUUUGCCUCCGGCGGCGGCUACAACGAUCCCUCACCCGCCGCACUGUCUGGCAAGGGAAACUUUUGUCAAGAACGAUGAGCUCGGGCGGACAAUUGACGAUGCCCGGAGCAGACGGCCGCAGGGCGUCGUCUUCAAAUCCGUCAUCGAACUCUGCGACAGCUACAUCAGCAAGAGGUUCUCCUCCGAGUCGGAAUGCGAGGAUUCACAGUGUGCCAUCGAGAAGGCAUCGUCGUUGGGGCUGCGUGUUCCCCCCAUCAAGCAGAUCCUCUUCGUCUCUUUCCGUCACGAGUCCCGCAAGACGGCCGAACAGCACCCCGAGGCCUGCCUCCAGCCCCUCGAUCACGACCCGGAGCUCGUGUUCACCCACACCGACCUUGCUCCGCGCAACCUGAUUCUCGAGGACGGCACCGACGACCUGUGGGUGGUGGACUGGGAUGAAGCCGGUUUCUACCCGCGGUACUUCGAAUAUGCCGGAAUGCACAACUUCUAUGUUCCGGAGGGGUGGACUUGGUUGGCGCGACUGCGCUGGAGGUUUUUCGCCUGGCUCGUGGCGGGCUCCUGGGCUCGGGAACGUCGAUUCUUGUCGGAGGCUCUCCGGAAAGCACGGCGGUUCGGGGCGUCCCGGUGAUUCAACAUCAAGGCCGGGGCGAGCGCAUCCGAAAGGACGAACCUCGACUAACAUGUUUCGUACGACCGUCCUGGCAAAAAUGUUAUGUAUAAAUAGGCAGCCAAAGCGACAUGAGCAACAAAGAUUAAACCUUGGGACUGUUUG